UAACGACAUUUGAUCACUUAGAUACCUACCUAUAUACAUAUAUAUUAGUCAUUGAUUUAAUAUAGUGUGUAUGGUAAGGUAAAUUAGUAUAUUAUAUACAGGGUGCAUUUCAAUCAUUGUAUACUUGGUUUUAUGAUAACGGAUUAUAAAUAUGAAAAAUCGCCGUUGCUUUAUUUUUCAUGCGAACAAAUUAAUUGACUAGGUUUUUCAAGUCUCAAAUUUCCUAGUGUUUAGAAGACGCUACACCCACAUAUAUUCUUGCAGUCUUAACGCAUAACAUGGCAAAUGUUAUAAUCCGUAUCUCUGUUAUUAAUAUUUGAGUAAAUUUACGUAUUAUCAAUUUUAAAAUAAAGAAGAUCGUCCUCGGUUUUUUUACAUUUUCAUUUUGAAGCAAGUUAUGAGCAUUUUAAAGUUUUAAAUUAAACAUAGACCACACAAUAUGUGGGUAGAAGGUAUAACGUCCUAUUAAGUCUACAUUUUUAACUCAUUAUAGUGGUAUUAAUAUUAUUGUUUGUUACAUUUAUGACUGUAAAAUGCCUAUACAGAGCGCCGUCUAAUACUAGUUAUACCUCGAAACCUCCUAUUAGUAUUAUAAUACAAGUCAUAUAAUAUGUUGCGUCGUUGGAAUUAGACAAAUUAUUACUGUUAGGAUUAAAUUAAAGAACUUUUUUCUAUUUUAAAAGUGUAGAAAAUAAAUGUUUCAUGAAAUAUUUUUUGAUGUGUGUGUUGGCCGUUGGGGGAUGAUGAUCAAAAUCUAAACUUUCCUAGUUUGGUUUUACUAUUGUAUUAUAUCUAGAGAAUUUACAGUAUUCCGUUUGGAUUAUAACUUAUCUACAUUAUUUGAACAAGUGGAACACUUAAAUCAAUGGACCGAAUCACUGAGCGAUACCAGAACCAGAGGAUGGUGGAUGGUCAAUUCGGUUUUUACUACAUUUACCAUAACCCUUUGUUAUCUUCUAAUAGUAUGGCUGACUCCACGGUUCAUGAAAAAUCACACAGCAUACAGUUUAAAAAAUAUUCUAAUAAUGUACAAUAUAAUAAUGAUAAUAGCAAAUUUAUUCAUUAUAAUAGAAUUGGUAUUGAUGACUACUAAAUUAAACUAUAGUUGGAUGUGUCAGCCGAUAACCUAUGUCAAUGCAGAAGCUGAGCUUAGGAUAGCAACGGCAGUAUGGUUGUAUUAUAUAAUUAAAUUUUUUGAAUUAUUGGACACUAUAUUUUUGAUGCUCCGGAAGAAAGAUAAUCAACUGUCAUUUCUUCAUGUUUACCACCAUUCAACAAUGUUCAUAUUCUCAUGGCUAGGAACAAAAUAUGUACCAGGCGGCUCUGCAUUUCUACCAAUAUUAAUCAACAGUGCUGUACAUGUCAUAAUGUAUUUUUACUAUACAUUAGCUGCAAUACAAUGCUCAAAAAUCUUUAAAUUCAAAAAAUAUGUUACAAUCAUUCAAUUGGCUCAGUUUUCAUUUGCUCUACCAUUAGGCAUAAAUGCCAUACAAAGUGGAUGUAAUUGGCCGUUAUGGAUGAAAUAUUUAUUUGUCUUUUAUAUUAUUACAAUGUUGGUUUUAUUUGGAGACUUUUAUAAGAAAAAUUAUAUUAAAAAAGUAAGCAAUAAUGAAAAUGAAGUUGGACAAUGUUUAAAGAAAUUGUGAUUUUCUUAAUCAAUACAUUCAAGUAGGCCUAAGAAAUAUUUUUGUUUAUAGAAAUUAAUGUAUAAAAUAAUGAAUUAGAGGUGACAUUACAAUAACUUAAUAUAUGUAAUAACUAUUUUCCAAUCAUGUGAUAUUUAAAUAUUUUUUUAGUUAAAAAUUUGUAUUUUAUCUAUUAUACUAUCUACACUAAACAUUUUGACUUGGUAAUACUAAAUUAUAAACAUAAAGUUUUUGGCUAGUUAGUUAAUGUUCUUCCAUUUAUAAAUAUGUCUCUACUGUAAUAAUUAUUAUAUUUUAUUAUUUAUUAGUUAUUAAGAGGAUAUGAUACCCACAUGUGUUGUCUCCGUCUUACAAGUGCGUAACAUGGAAAAUUUUAUGCUCAGCAGAACACGUGUAGCUCCGUUAAUUUAAAAAUUAGAGUGAAUUAUUUACCUCUUAUAAAAUCUAAAGAUAUGAUUAUUAUCUAAGCAACUUCAAGGGCUUUUU